AUGUCCGCUUCUCAGUUCACGGAGGCGGACACGAUCCGUAUCCUGAUUGCCACAGACAACCAUGUCGGGUAUGAGGAGCGGGACCCUAUACGAACAGAUGACAGCUGGAGGACAUUCGACGAGAUUAUGAACAUCGCCCGGACUGAAGAUGUAGACAUGGUUCUCUUAGCUGGCGAUCUCUUUCAUGACAACAAGCCGUCACGAAAGUCCAUGUAUCAGGUCAUGCGGUCACUGCGCAAGAACUGCCUGGGCAUGAAACCUUGUGAGCUGCAGUUCAUGAGCGACGCGAGUGACGUUUUUGAUAGCGCCUUCAGCCAUGUCAACUAUGAAGACCCGGACAUCAACAUUUCCAUCCCCGUCUUUUCAAUACACGGUAACCAUGACGAUCCAAGCGGUGAGGGCAACUAUUGCUCACUCGACCUUCUCCAAGUUGCUGGUCUUGUCAACUACUUUGGCCGUGUGCCGGAAGCGGAUAACAUCGAGGUCAAACCGGUGCUGCUCCAAAAGGGAGGCACGAAACUGGCCCUGUUUGGGCUGAGCAACGUUCGCGAUGAGCGCAUGUUCCGAACAUUCCGAGAUCACAGGGUCAAGUGGUUUCGACCAAAUGUGCAGUCAUCUGACUGGUUCAAUCUGUUGGCUGUCCACCAGAACCACCACGCACACACAGCAACUGGCUAUCUUCCCGAAAACAUGCUGCCAGAGUGGAUGGAUCUGGUUGUCUGGGGCCACGAGCACGAAUGCUUGAUUGAUCCUGUCCACAACCCGGAGACGGGUUUCCACGUCAUGCAGCCUGGCUCGUCAGUAGCGACCUCACUAGUUCCCGGUGAAGCUGUCGCAAAACACGUGGCAAUCAUGAGUAUUGUCGGCAAGGACUUUACAAUAGAAAAGCACAGACUCAAGAGCGUUCGGCCGUUUGUUACGCGCGAAAUCAUCCUGCACAGUGACAAGCGGUUCAAGGGAUUGGAAAAACGCAAGGACAACCGUGGGGAGUUGACGCGGAAGUUGAUGGAAGUCGUGGAGGAGAUGAUUGAGGAAGCUAACACAGAGUGGAACUCGAUACAGGAAGAGGAGAUAGACCCUCGUGAAAGACCUCUGCCGCUUGUGAGGUUGAAAGUCGAAUACACUGCGCCUGAUGGCGGCCAAUUUGACAUUGAGAACCCACAGCGGUUCUCGAAUCGCUUCAGCAACAAAGUCGCCAACACCAAUGAUGUGGUCUAUUUCUAUCGCAAGAAGAAGGUCGCAAAGAACGAGAAAGCUGCCGAUGUCGCCGAGGAGAUUCUGGCCAACUUGGACCCGGAUGAGAUCCAAGUGAGCUCCUUAGUCGAAGAGUUUCUUGCUGCACAGUCAUUGAAGAUCCUGCCCCAAGCACCCUUCGGAGAUGCUGUGACGCAAUUCGUGACAAAGGACGACAAACAUGCUAUGGAGCACUUUGUCAGCGAGUCCUUGUCUGGACAAGUCCGGCAAAUGCUGUCAUUGGAGGACGAUGAGGAAGAUCUCGAGAAUGCCAUGACUCUGUUCAAGCAGAAACUUGAGCAGCAGUUCAAGCUCGGCGGCAUAAAGCAGAGCAAGAUGCGCAGAUACAAACCUCAGCCGGAUGGCUGGGACUCGGACCUUGACGGUCAUUGGCAAGACCAACCAGAAGCGAUAGACACGGGUGGCCCAGCACCCACCGUUAGCACGAAGGCGGCUACUACUGCCUCCAGAACCACAACCCGCGGACGGAAGACCACGCAGGUCGUCGAUGACGACGAUGAGGACAUGGACGAUGCUGAGUCUGUUGCGCCAGCACCCAAAACGCGUACUAGAGCGCCAGCCGCCAAAAAAGCUGCACCAAAACCCAAAGCUCCGGCAAAGAAACCUGCGGCUAAAGGACGGGGCAAGAAAGCGCAAGUUUUCGAGCAAAGCGACGACGAAGACGAGGACGACGUUUUCAUGGAUGACGAUGAUCAUGACCCGCCUGUGCCGGCCCCCAAACGGACGACAGCGACCAGAACCACAACGACGCGCUCACAGCCCACACGUGCAGCUGCAACAGCUACAGCCACGAAGACACGGCAGAGCAAGCUCAACUUCUCGUCGCAGAAGGCCACUCAACAAGAGCCCAUGGAGAUUAGCGAUGACGCUAUUUCCGACGACCCCUUCGAGUCCAUGCCAUCAACAAGGUCGCGUGGGCGUUGA